AUGAAGAAAACACCAAUAGAAGAAAAAUUCUCAGAGUUCUACGAAAAGUGGGUAUCUCAACUAGAAGAAUAUCUUAAAUUUCUUGUCCAAGAUUACACUCAUCAAUCCGAUUAUGAAAACUUAAUAGCCAAACUCACUACCCAUCACAAGAAUUACUAUAGAUUCAAAUGGGCCGCGGCCCAUGAAGAUGUGUGCGCUUUUUUUACCCCCGUUUGGUUAACCCCUCUAGAAAACGCUUAUCUUUGGGUCACCGGUUGGAAGCCAUCCGCAGUGUUCCGGUUCGUCGAAACAUCGCGACGAACCGGGACUAUGCUGGCUGACUUAACCGAUGACCAGGUUAAGAAAAUAGAAGGGCUGAGAUUGAAAAUAAAGAAUGAAGAAGAAAAAGUUGAAAGAGAGAUGGAGAGACAACAAGUUGGGAUAGCUGAUAGAAGGAUGAUUGAGUUGCUAGAGAUGACUAGAUCAUGUGGCGGCGGUGAUGCGGUGGCGGUGAAAGGGUUGUUAAGUGGGUUGGAAAAUGUGAUGAAAAUGGGAGAUUGUGUGAGGUUAAAGACUUUGAAAGGAUUGUUGGAUUUAAUGAAUCCAAAACAGCAAGUUGAGUUGUUGGCUGCUCAGUCUAUGCUUCAUGUCCAGUUAAGAAAGUGGCCGGGGUAA